AAUAAUAUUUUUUUUUAUUAAUAAAAAAAGCUUGUUUUUGCUGCGAUAAUUAAUUCCAAAAAAUAAGACGAUAGAACAAGAUUGAGGUGUUUUUCUUCUAUGAUAUCAAAGCGCGGAUUGCAAUAAUUAUAACAGAUAAAAAACCAUAGCAAUUAAAUGACGAGACAAAUGACAAGCGACAUGCUAAUAAUAAGUACGUGUCAAUAUCCUCACGGAUGAAUCAAGUAAGACAACGGUCUUGAGAUGUGCUCGUUAGGAAGCACCCUGCGGGGGUAGAGUGAAGGAUAACUUAAUGGGGAACACGUUGGAGAUACAAAAUAGACUGCGGAAAAAAGCAAAGCUCGUUAACGAUCGCCUCACGUUUCAAAAACAGCUUAAUUGGUCAAUUACCUGUCGAAACAUUUUGAGACUUUAAAAAUUGCCCAUCAAUUUUCCAUCGUAAUUUCAAUGUGCGAGAUCUCUUAAAUUUUAUUUUCUUUUUACACAAUAUAAAAUAAUAUAAUGCUACAAAGUGUUACACAUAAUGACUAUCAUUAAUAUUAUAAUAAAAAUUUAAUGUUUCGUAAGAAUUAAUGGCAGGAAACUCAUAAUCUGAUAAUCUCUGAGAGAAAGACAAUUCUAUUAACACGUAGAAAAUUAAACUAUUAUUAUGUAAACUAUAAAAUUAUAGCUUUACAACUUGAACAAUAUGCAAUCAUUUUUAUUGUAAAUUUUCACAUACAUAAAUAUACAGUAAAUAAUUGUACUUUUAUUUUUAGAAAACGGACUGUCAAAAUUUUUAAUCUUGCCAAGUUGCUCUUGAGAGUGACUCUCUAUAGCUUUAUUUUUUGAAAACUGCUGCCGACAGCUUCGUCAUCUGUCUUUUAGAGGCCCCGUUUAGCUAAUUACACUAUUACUAUUGUCUAAACAAGAUGAUAUUAAAAAACGGACCUUAUACCACGAUCAUUCUGAAACUGUCCACCGUUUCCAAUCUCCAAGCAUCCGAAUGCGAGUACUCCGGAUUAAAGCCUAGCACCAAGAUGGUGGAUCUGCGGACGAUAGGCGCGGCCGGACGACGCUGUUGGUCCGAAUGCGACCAAUCAGGAUCGGACAAAAGUCUGUACGACGAUGCCACGCCAUCCACCACGUCGGAACACGGCGCAUGCCGAGGAGUCACGAAUUAAAAUACCUUGCUCUAUACCCUCGGCAGUCGCCCGUCGACCCGUGCGUCAUACGGUCGCCUUCCGAUAUCUUUAUAAUGUGCGGUGUAUAGUCCGGCAGUUGCUAUCGUCAUCAUCAACACAGUGUAGAAAUGUUCAUAGUUAAAGUUGUCAAGUUGAUGAAAAAGAAGAAUCAUUUAUGAAGAUAGACAUAAACAGUUUCAGAAAUUUUCAUCGAGUGUGUCUGCAAUAAUUUAUGUUCUUCGUGCACAUACACACAUACACAUACGCAAAACUAUGCAAAACUGCUGAUGACUGGGACCUGUCGAGUUCUCUGCACGAUUAACAGUGUUCUGCGUUAAUCUUUACAUCACAAUUGACGAUCAAACGUUCAACAUGAGAAUUUAACAAAUGUCUGAAGGAGUUUCACGUUACAUUAUCUCCUCAAAUAAAUUUAAUUAUGUAUGAUUAUCAGUCAUAAUCAUUUAUAAUACAGCUAUAAUACACGGAAAGGCCAAAUACGUUUUAAUGAACAAAUAUGAUUUUCUAUACCACACAGAUCUUAUAUUUCUAGAUUCCUAUAUAAUUACAAUAAAACGUUAUAAUUAUAAUAAUCACUUUUUGCAAAUCAAACUUAAAAAAGGAUUAAUGAUGACGAAGUGUAAUGACAACAUAAGCUAAUAAGCUUUCAUUUUUUUAAAACAAAUUACCAGUGCCAAAGAACAUUAUUGAUCUAGAUGCCAAAUGUAAGUACACAUCGAAAACUUUAGUGAUCCCAACUACACGGGAAAUAUCAAUAAAAUGUAAAAGAAUUAUCUUAAACACAUUGACUGCCAUACCGAAUUAAAAGACUAAGAUUUAAUAGUGUGAUAAUAGAGUAACAACAAUUUUUACACAUUAUAUUUCAACACAUUGUGUAAAAGAAAAAAAGAAAUCGAAUAGAAAGAAUAGAACAAUCGAUAAACAGAUAAUAACAAUUAUUUAAGGUGUUAAAGCUUAUCAGAAAACGUGCCAUAGUUGUUGUAAUGCAAAACACAACACACACAAAGGGAAAUAAAACAAAUUAUUAUGGAAAGAAAUAAAUGUUAAUAAACAUAAGGCGCCUUAAUACUGAUUGACAACCUUAAGCUAAUACUAGUUUCAACGCUGACAGCGUUGAAUUGUGAGCCACUCUGACAUUCGUUACUCUUAUGUACAGCCGCAAUUAUAUUUGCAAUUUAUUGAAAUACUCUCGCAAUACACAAAAUUUGGCAGAAAACAAAAGCGGAACGUUAUUUUGAAUCUCGCGACGCUUUGAACCGCGCGAGAAGCGGCAACCAUUGUGCGUGCGGAGAAGGAAGACUAUGCUCUGCACGUAGUAUUGGAUUGAGAUCGGUCCCGCUCGAUUUUCGACCUCAGUCCAUCGAAUCCAAGAAGUCAUGGACGUGAGCGUAGAGGAGACCGAGCUCGAUGUCGGCUCGGCGAGCGACGAGCUGGAGUCGUCAGUCGUGGAACCGAAACUCGCACGACGCCCGACACCGCGGCCCUUCACGAUCGAAAGUCUGAUCGGUAGCACGCGCGAGGAUCACGAUACCGGCGGCGUCGUGCGGGACGACCGGACGAACGGCAGUGAAGAGGAAGAGCACCGGGACCGGGAAUACCAGCUCUAUCAGAGGCACUACCUGGCGACUGCAGCGGCGAGCACAUUACCCUCAGGUUUCGGCGUGCCGCUCGGAUUAUACAGCGCUUGGCUGCCAAUGCGAAUGUAUGGUGGCAACGGCGCAUCCGGCGUCCCGAUGCUGCCGCCGCAGCAUCCGUCCGCCGGCUACCCGGCUCACCCGGAACUGCAUCAGAGUCGACUGUCGCAGCCCUCCGUACCGCCGUCCAGCCAUCCGCAGGGGUACUACCCACUGGAUGGUUGCCGUCGUGUCACCAACCAGCGUGCGCCGAGUAGCUUCACUGACAGUGAGGACGAGGACGGCAGCGUCGGGUCGCCAGCUUCGCCGGCACACGAUCUUUCUAAAUCCCGGCAUGGGUCUGAGAACGGCCGUGCAUCAGCCGAAAGCGAUGAAGAGGGUGGCGGAGCUGCAGGCGAGGGUCACGACGUUUCCGACGGCGUUGCCGGCGGCGUCGGCAAUGCCACCCCAAGUCCUAGCAGAGCUUUAGAAAACGGCCAGAACUCGUCAGUAUCGGGUGCCGGUGGUAAUAAAGCUCGCCGGCGACGUACCGCGUUCACCUCGGAACAGCUGCUCGAGCUGGAGCGCGAGUUCCAUGCCAAGAAGUACCUGAGCCUAACAGAACGCUCUCACAUAGCGCACGCGUUGAAACUGUCGGAGGUGCAGGUGAAGAUCUGGUUCCAGAACCGACGUGCCAAAUGGAAACGGGUGAAGGCCGGGCUGAGCGGCGGAGGCGUCGGUUCGGCGGCGGCUGCCAUGGCGCCAUCCGGCGCUUCUGGUCGCCACAAUGGUGCUACGGGACAGCAUACUUCCGGUACCAGAAUCGUAGUGCCAAUACCGGUGCAUGUGAGCCGUUUGGCGGUCAGAUCGCAUCAUCAUCACCUGGAGAAGUGCGCGAGGGCGCCGCGCGCGAGACCGACGCCGCCCUCGGGCGAGGUUGGGUCCUCGGGAGCGUCGCCAUCGGUGUUGGGCGAUACCUUGGGACUAGUGAAUACAUCGGUGAAUCUGACCGGCCAGGUACAGCCGCCUCUUGGCGCCGGUAUGGGGGUGGAGAUCGGGGUCGGGGGUGGUUUAAGGGCCUUCGCGGUGCCGGCGCAUCGUGCCGGUCUCGGGUCCUCCGGGAGGUAGUGAAUGUCGUGAAUGAUAAACACGGAUGUUCAACGGUCUAACGCAAAAGGACAGAUAGAGGUAAAUCGAUAAUCGGUGUAAAAUAAGUCGUGCGCUUGAUAAAAAGUUGAGCUCUUGUUAUAAAAUUGGAUAUAAUAUCGAUCAAAAGUUUAAAUGCAACCAUGUGACAAAUGUGAGACAUUAUAAAUGGAUAAACACAAACUUUCUUCCUUUGUCUUGUAUAACUUUCAUCUAUUGUUCCGUGUGUCGCUCAGUGAGACAAAAGAAUACUGAAUUUAACAGCUUUUUUUAUUGAAAUCAUAUCGUUGUGAAUAGCAGUAACAUGAAGUUUAUGUAAAUUCUUUUAGUCUUAAAUUUUGUUUAUAUUUUUAGCAAUCAGUUCUAAGAUUUUUGCUGCUCAAUUCGUUUUCUACUGCGUCGGUCGAGAUAUUUUUAAUACGCGAAUAGUCACUUCGAUAAACUCAUAACUCGAAUGUUUGAUUCUUUUGCAAAAAGAGGGUUCCAACUUGAAAGCGCGUAUUGUAAAUAGCAACUCUUGGAAGUUUGUAAAUAUACACGUACACGUAGAUAGUAACUUCGCAUAAACACCGCAGCUUAUACUUGCUGUAGAUAGUUUACGUUAAGCAGUGGGUUUCAGUUCGACGGGCAACUAUUACGUGGCAGCGAUAUCGCGAUAUCGAUCAGCCGUGCGAUUAUUGCAGCUGCAUUAUACCGGCGAAACGUUACAAUGAGGCGGAAGCGCACAAAAUGUCGGACUAUAGACUUGCAUACGUUGUAAUAUCGUGUCGGCAAUAAAACGUGCGACUAUAAUCCGAAACAUAUAUCGUUUGCCUCCUAUAUCCUAUAGUUCAACACUCGGCACAACAGUGACUAUGAUCACGGAGGAUCGUUAGGAAAGCGGCACUUACAUGGUUCCUUGAUGUCCAGAAAUGUUUACACAGUAAGAAAAUUUAUACAAAUUGUAUUGUUGCAAUAAAAUCACAAAAGUCAUAA